AUGCCGGGUCCGCCGCCCCAGCCGCUCCUCCGCGUCUGUCGCGCUCAAUCUCCCUUGUCCCGCGGCCUCCAUCGAGGUGUCCCUAAAGCCCGUCUCACCUGUGCAAAUAAAACGGCGUACGAGUUAGCGGCUCAGUGGACCAGGAGCGCGCGCGACGGGCCGGAAGUGACGCGCGCCGUGCCCGCGUAUUCCCGCCCUGCCCUUCGCCUGCCGCUCGGUGGCGGGAACUGGGGCAACCGUGGUGACGGCGGCGAGUCCCCAGCGACGAGCCGGCGGCGUCCCCCCUCCGGAGACGAGAGGCUGAAAGGCCCAGGCAGUGCCCGGGAGUACGGGGAGCUUGGGAUAACAGGUGACCAGCCCGAGAAAUUUCGUCCAAAAUGUGUGGAUGAAGUUGCUUUCCAGGAAGAAGUAGUUGCAGUGCUGAAAAAGUCUUUAGAAGGAGCUGAUCUCCCUAAUCUCUUGUUUUAUGGGCCACCUGGAACUGGAAAAACAUCCACCAUUUUGGCAGCAGCUAGGGAGCUUUUUGGGCCUGAACUUUUUCGAUUAAGAGUUCUUGAGUUAAAUGCAUCCGAUGAACGUGGAAUACAAGUAGUUAGAGAAAAAGUGAAGAAUUUUGCUCAAUUAACUGUGUCAGGAAGUCGUUCAGAUGGGAAGCCAUGUCCUCCUUUUAAGAUUGUGAUUCUGGAUGAGGCAGAUUCUAUGACCUCAGCAGCUCAGGCAGCUUUACGACGUACCAUGGAGAAGGAGUCUAAAACCACGCGAUUCUGUCUCAUCUGUAACUAUGUCAGUCGAAUAAUUGAACCUCUGACGUCUAGAUGUUCUAAAUUCCGAUUCAAACCACUGUCAGAUAAAAUUCAACAGCAGCGAUUACUAGACAUUGCUGAUAAAGAACAUGUGAGAAUUAGCAAUGAGGGAAUAGCUUAUCUUGUUAAAGUAUCAGAAGGAGAUUUAAGAAAAGCCAUUACAUUUCUUCAAAGUGCUACCCGAUUAACAGGUGGAAAGGAGAUCACAGAGAAGGUGAUCACAGACAUUGCUGGGGUAAUGCCAGCUGAGACAAUUGAUGGAAUAUUUGCUGCGUGUCAGAGUGGCUCUUUUGAUAAACUAGAAGCUGUGGUAAAAGACUUAAUUGAUGAGGGCCAUGCAGCAACUCAGCUUGUAAAUCAAUUUCAUGAUGUGGUUGUAGAAAAUGAUAACCUUUCUGAUAAACAGAAGUCCAUUAUCACAGAAAAACUUGCUGAAGUAGAUAAAUGCUUAGCAGAUGGUGCUGAUGAACAUCUACAACUCAUCAGCCUCUGUGCGACAGUGAUGCAGCAGUUAACUCAGAAUUGCUGA